AUGGAGGAGGUUGAACAAGCUGAGCACAUACUUGGUGGUAUUUGGCGCUAUGUGUGCACAAAUUUAUCUAUCCAUCAAAGCGACACUUCAGCCCAACAGAGCUUGACAUUCUCAAACGGGGAGGAGCAAGCGCUUGGAGCAAAAAUGAGCGAGGCUAUAAAUGCGUAUCGACGCGCACUCACGAAUGCUCAUGAUUGGAUUGGAGAUAUGCAGGACAGUAAAGAGGCACAGCUGGUAGCACAAGAGCUCGAGAAGCACAAUGCGCAAAUACAUAGUCACAUGACCAACUGCAGGAAGGUUCUUGUAGCCUAUCUUCAGCGUGCGCAAAAUCAAGCGCCUUGA